CAUCGAAACUGGUGGUUGCUAUAGAAGAUGACAAGGAACAGAGAACCCAGAUACAUCGAGAAAUUAGGCAGAAGUUUCCAAUGCUUGAAAGUGACACGGCAGAAGUUGACAACCAUAAAGUUGUUAGAGCUUUCUAUGCAGACAGAUCACAGGGGAGAAGACGGAAAAGUGAUUGGCCAAAAGAAAGAGGGGAAUACUGCCAUUUUGUUUUGUACAAAGAAAACAAAGACACAAUGCAAGCUAUUAAUUUACUUGCAAAAUUUUUAAAAAUCAAGCCUGACAGAUUUGCCUUUGCUGGUACUAAAGAUGGCAGAGCGAUCACUGUACAAUGUGUUUCUGUAUUUCGUAUUGAUGCUCGUAAUCUUCUAGGGCUGAACAAAGUUCUCAACAACAUUCAUGUUGGAAAUUUUGAAUUCAAGAAAACACCAUUGAAACUUGGUGAUCUUAAAGGCAAUAGGUUUGUUGUUGUUCUUAGAGAUAUUGAUGCAACUGAACAGCUUAUCACAACAUCAAUGACGUCCUUAAACAGUCUUGGCUUUAUCAAUUAUUAUGGUUUGCAAAGAUUUGGAACAAUGAAAAAUGCUACACAAGCUAUAGGUUUAUGUCUCCUCCAAAGCAAAUGGUCUGAAGCUAUUGAUCUUAUUCUUGGUUCAAGAUGUGAACAAGAUGAUGUUUUAUGCAAGGCAUAUGAACAUUGGAUUAAGACAAGAAAUGCUAAGGAAUCUCUCCAUAUGUUUCAAGGAAAAAAAUGUUUGGAAACAUUCCUUCUGGAAGGACUUGUCAAGUUUGGCAAUGAUCUUGUUUCUGCAGUAAAAGUCCUGCCUCGAAACACACGAUUAAUGUAUGUUCACGCCUACCAGAGUUACAUUUGGAAUGUUGCUGUUUCAAAACGAAUCCAGGAAUUGGGUCUAAAAGUAGCUAUUGGUGACCUGGUGUUUAAUGAAACAGAAUCAACAUCUUUAUUAGAUGAACAUGUGUCAAGUGAACCUGUGAAGUUUGUAACUUCAGAAGACAUUAACCUGUACACCAUUCAUGAUGUGAUAAUGCCAUUACCUGGUUAUGAUGUGAUAUAUCCUGAUCAUUCAGUCAAGGCUUGUUAUGAAGAACUGUUGUCACAUGAUAAUCUGGAUAUAAAAAACAUGCGACAUAAAGUUAAAGAUUACUCACUUUCUGGAGCUUAUAGGCAUAUGGUGGUGAAACCAGAGAGUUUGAGUUGGGAAAUAACAUGCUAUGAUGAUCCCACAGUUUCAUUGGUUGAAACUGAUUAUGAUCGGAUGAUGGGUGUUACAAAGCCUGCAGUAUCAUGCAGUGAUGGUAAAUAUAAAGCUUUGAGAAUGGAGUUUACUUUACCAUCAUCUUCUUAUGCAACAAUGUUAGUCCGUGAAAUACUCAAAACUGACACUUCACCAAGCUAUCAUUCUUCCUUGAAUAGACACUAGUUUUCCACUGACAGCGUCCGUUAGAAAGUCGCCUAUGAAUGCGUCUAUAAACAAGACUAUUUUAUGGUCUCUUAUAUAUGUUGCUAUGGCAAGUUUUAAAAAUGUUGUGUGACUAUAUGAUGCAUGCAUUGAAAUACAGUAUGUUAGAGGUUUUUAAUUAAGUUCACUGAAACCUAUUUUACAUACGGUUUUUUUUGUUAAUUAUUUAAAAGAUAUACAGCGUUUAAUAUUUAUUGCGUUUUAUUAGAUACAAAUGCUAUUAUCUGACGUUGAUUAUUGUAAAACUGGUCAGGUGUCUUGCAGCUGUCAGAUAUCAUUCUUUGAACGUUAUACUUUACGCCGUCUUCUAGUACUUCCACCGUGCUGAGCUCUGCACUAUGCUUCGUCUUUUUCAUAAUAUUAUUUUUCACGCUUUCUUAUGGAGUGAAGUAAUUUACGUCGAUGCUUCGCAAACGUAUUAUGUAAAAAUAGCAACUGCAAGAGGCGAGUUGUCUGAAUCUGAUGUAAUUUCAUCUCGUAAAGUUGAAUCGUUAUUACAAUGUUCACAUGCUUGUCUGAAAGAUAGUUCAUGUCUAUCCUUAAACUACAGAUCGUCAACGAAACAGCAAAUGAAUUGUCAACUCAGUAAUAAAACCCACCAUGAAAACACUCAAAACUCUUCUAAAGGGGAUUGGACGCUUUAUCAGGACAUAAAAACUUUGAAAAGCGAAAAUAUUGAGGAUGAAACCAGUAUUAAAAAAGCGACAAACUGUGCUGAACUUUACGAUUCCGGGCGGAAAAAUGAUGGUGUAUAUACGAUCGACCCAGAUGGCCAAGGAUCGUUUCAAGUGAGAUGCGACAUGAGUUCUGGUGGUUGGACAGUUAUUCAAAGAAGAAUGGAUGGUAGCGUUGAUUUUUAUCUUGGUUGGUCUCAAUAUAAAGCUGGAUUUGGAGAUCUCAAUGGAGAAUUCUGGUUAGGAUUGGAUAAAAUUCAUCGGUUAACCCAAUCUGGUUUGAAGGUUCUGAGAGUUGAUCUGAUGGAUUUCAGUAAUUCCCAGGUUUAUGCAGAGUAUACAACAUUUGAAAUAUCUGAUGCGAGUUCUCGUUAUCGACUGAAUGUUGCUGGCUUUUCUGGAAAUGCUGGUGAUUCACUCAACUAUCACAAUGGUCGUCAGUUCUCAACAAAAGAUAACGACAUAACUUCAAAUUGUCCUGUCUCCAGAAAAGGAGCUUGGUGGUAUUAUAGCUGUGCAUGGUCGAACCUUAAUGGUCAAUAUCUCGGACCAAACCAAGAUCAAUGGCACGGCAUUCAAUGGCGAUUUUGGAAAAACACAAAUGAAUGCAUGAAGAGAGCUGAUAUGAAGUUGCGGCCACGAUCAUCAUAGCAACCUGUGUUUGCUUUGAAUCACAGGUAUCGUUGAUUUUAAACACUUUAUCCUAUACAUAUAUAUGUUAAACCAUUAUAC